AUGGCCAUCACAGAAAAAGACAAGCUCCUCAUCCUCUUCCCCUCCCCUCUCCCCCCAAGCUUCCUCGACACCCUCGCCAAGCGCUUCCCCCAGCUCCGCGUCCACUUCGAAAUCGUCUCCAUCGGCGACCCGCGCAUCGCACCAGGGGAGACGCUCCCCGACGAGGUCUGGGACGGCGUCACACUGGCCUCGCUCUUCCGGCCGCCUCGCGCCGAGAGGCUCAAGAACGUCCGGUUCGUCCAGCUGGGGUCCGCAGGCUGGGAUUCGUGGCUCGAGCACGAGACGUUCUUGAACAAGGAUGUGGCCUUUUGCUGCACCAGCGGAGUUCACCCACCUCAGAUUGCCGAGUGGGCAAUUGGUGCCUGGCUCACCCACUCUCACUACUUCACAACCUUCAUAAAGCAAGCCGAACGCGAGGAAUGGAUAAAGGGCAGCAGGGGCCUCGACAGCACCGUCACCGACUCCGUGGGUCUCCGCAUGGGCAUCAUGGGUUACGGCUCAAUCGGCCGGCAAGUCGCCCGCCUCGCCAACGCCCUCGGCAUGGAGAUAUACGUCCAGACCGCCAACGCGAGACCGACCCCGGAGUCCAAGAAGCUCCACGAGUACACCGUCCCCGGCACCGGCGACCCGGACGGCCUUUUCCCGGCAAAGUGGUUCUCCGGCUCCGGCCCGGAAGCCGUCAACGAGUUCCUCAACCAGGACCUCGACCUCGUCGUCCUCAGCCUGCCCAUGAACUCCCAGACCAGACGCUGCAUUGGCGCCGAGCAGUUCAAGAUCCUCGGCAAGAAGAAGCCCUUCCUCAUCAAUGUCGCGCGGGGCCCCAUCGUCGACACCCCGGCCCUGAUCGAGGCCCUUGAACAGGGUCUCCUGCGUGGGGCCGCUCUCGAUGUCACGGAUCCGGAGCCCUUGCCCCAGGGACAUCCGCUGUGGAAGGCUCCCAACGUCUUCAUCACCCCACACAUCAGCUGGCAGUCUACCAAGCUGACCCAGAGAAUAGCAGACGUGAUGCUCCAGAACCUUGAGAGAUUGGACAAGGGGGAGCCUCUGCUCAACACCAUCAAGAGGUAA